AUGGAUCUAUACCUCAGCAGCUGCUAUAAAACUGCUGACGCUGCCGCCACCAAGGCGGCCGCCAGUGGCCUGACCGCCAGCAGGGAUCAGUGCAGCCCCGUGAGUGGCGGCCCAACCGUGGUCCCUCCUCCUGGACCCGGGCGGGUUCUCGGGACGGAGACCUCACCAGAGGGGAGAGAAAGAGGCGGGUCUUUGACCGCUCAACUUCCUGCCCCUUGGCCGGGGCAGCCAGAUGCCUCGGCAGUCUCUGAGGUUGGAGCAUCUCAACUACUGGAUCUUCCCCUUGGGGUCAAGCUGCCUGUAAUCCCUGGAAGCAAUAAUGUCUUCUAUACUACAAAUUUAAGUGAAAAGCUUUAUCAACCUUCUUAUGAUUUUAACCUGAGUGAUCCUUAUUGUCAACUUUUGGAACCAAAAUAUCAAAGUCUACAUGAUCCACAUUUAAAAGAAUACUAUAAGAGAAAUGAUAUCCUAAGGAGAUUAGAAAAAGGUGGCUACAUCACAAGCAAUAAUAAAGUCAUAUGUACCUUGAAGGAAUUGAAUAAGUACAGGCAGUACCUGACGAGUUUAAAAUUAGACUUUGAAAGAAACUAUAUAAAAGAGCAAAAAAUGAUCAAAAAACAAGUAAAUAAAUUGUAUGAAAGCAAGAGAGCCUUUGAUUCUUCUGAUGCUGCAAAGUUCCAAGAAUGGCUGUUACAGGAAGGCACACAAACAACUUGGGACCAAGAUAAACUACUGAAGCACAGAUAUUUAGAUAUGUUUACUAGGGAAUUAGACAAGGUUGAGCACAAAGACGGAAAAUGGAGCAUACUACGGAUGAAGAAAGAAGAAAGACGACACCAGGACCACAUAAGAAGAAAACUUAGUCUCCGUAAACAAAUUGAAGAGGAAUGGAAAACAAAAGAAAUGUUACUACUCACAAAGAUUGGAGAAGAAAUAAAAAGAGAAGUUAUAACUGAAGAACAGCGUCAAAAAACCAGAGAAGAAACUGACCGGAAGAAGCAAGCACUUCUAGAGAAAAGAAUCGCUUAUCAUUUACAAAAAAUGCAAAGGAAUGACCGUAAAAGAGAAGGAUUGGAGGGAAGUAUGUUUGAAAACAAAGGAAACGAUGGAACAGAAGAAGAUGUGAUUUAUAAACUUCUAACACAUAUAUUUCCUUCAUCUGAGACUGAAACUGAACAAAAAGAGGAAGAGAUGGCACCGGAUUAUGAGUUUGUGGAUGCAGCUUCAAAACUGACUGAUGAAAUUAUAACAGAAAUUUCUGAACAUGAGAUUUGA